AUGUCGGACACUAUCAAGCAAGAGGGAGGUGAACUCCAACAUCAUGAGGAGCCCAUCAUUCACCACUCCAAUGCCCAAAAGUCCGAGUUCAUCAAUGAGGCAAAGGAAGGUGCCGAGCUGGAAAAACAAAUGUCACUCGGCCGAGCUUUGAAACUAUACCCCAAAGCUGCAUUAUGGUCUAUCGUUCUAUCAACCGCUCUCGUGAUGGAGGGAUACGACACUCUUCUGUUGGCCAAUUUCUACGCACUGCCAACAUUCAGCAAGAAAUAUGGCGAACUCAACCCGAAGACUGGGAAAUACAAUAUCUCAGCGCCUUGGCGAUCUGGUUUAUCCGAUGGUGCAGCUGUCGGUGAAAUCAUUGGUCUGUUCUUGACUGGUCUUAUUUCGGAGCGUAUCGGUUAUCGAAAGACUAUUCUUGGGGCUCUGGUUAUGAUCACCGGAUUCAUCUUUAUCACUUUCUUCGCCGUGGAUAUCAAGAUGCUUCUGGUUGGCGAGAUUCUUUGUGGUUUACCGUGGGGCGUGUUCCAAACCAUCACGACUGCGUAUGCUUCAGAGGUGUGCCCCGUUGGUCUUCGUGCAUACCUUACAACAUACAACAACCUGUGCUGGGUAAUCGGUCACUUCAUCGCUUCUGGAGUACUCCGCGGAAUGGUCAACAAUACCACAUCCGACGCCUACCGCAUUCCCUUCGGAAUCCAGUGGAUGUGGCCACCACUCCUAAUUGUCGGCGUCUAUUUCGCACCUGAGUCUCCAUGGUGGCUAGUCCGCAAGGGUCGAAUCGAAGAAGCGAAAAAGUCAUUGCUGAGACUCACAACGACAACCGACCCAGACUUUGACGCCGACAAAACCAUUGCUAUGAUGGAACACACCAAUCAACUCGAACAGGAGAUUUCUUCGGGAUCGAGCUACCUGGACUGCUUCAAGGGCGUGGAUCUCCGUCGAACUGAGAUCUGCACUGCUGCUUGGGUAGCGCAGAGUAUCUGUGGAUCAACAUUUAUUGGUUACUCAACGACAUUCUACGAACAAGCCGGUCUUCCUAUCGUGGACGCAUUCGACAUGUCGAUGGGUCUUUACGCCAUCGCAGCCGUUGGAACUCUUUUGUCAUGGUGGGUGAUGACAUUCGUGGGCCGACGAAGGAUCUACCUCGUCGGAACAGCGACAAUGUGUGUGAUUCUCUUCAUUGUCGGUAUGCUUGGCAUUGCACCGAAGAGUAACAAAUCUGUUUCAUGGGCUGUCGGUUCCAUGAUUCUCGUUUUCGCCUUUGUAUAUGACUCUACCGUUGGUCCUGUAUGCUACUCUCUCGUCGCGGAGAUGUCGUCGACAAGGCUACGAGCGAAGACGAUUGUGAUUGCGCGGAACUUUUAUAAUAUCGCCGGACUUGUGACGAAUGUGCUGAUCAAUUAUCAGUUGACUCCUACAGCGUGGGACUGGGGUGCAAAGGCGGGCUUCUUUUGGCUUGGAACGUGCUUUUUGUGUUUUGUUUGGACUUUUUUCCGAUUGCCUGAGCCGAAGGGGAGAAGUUAUAGUGAACUUGAUAUUCUGUUUGAGCAAAAGAUUCCUGCUCGUCGGUUCAAGCAUACUAAGGUCGAUCCUUAUCAGACGGGGCAUGUUGCGGUUAUUGAAAGCAGAGGGAAGGAAGACGUUGUUUGA